AUGAUAACGGGCAUCCACCACGUCAACCUCGUCGUGCCCCCAGGCACGUUGGCACAGGCGAACGAGUUCUACGGCGGCACCCUCGGCCUAACACCGCGCGCGGUGCCCCAGCUCCAACGCGAGACGCUGGCGUGGUUCGAUAUUGGGAGCUCAGGGCAGCAGGUCCACAUCGCGUUCGGCAAGGCUGAGGACUUUGCGUGGGCGUCGUCGCGGCAUCCGUGUUUCAAGGUCGGCGGGCAGGAGGAGCUACAAGCACUGCAGGAAAGGGUGUGGGGGCAUUUCGAGAAGGGUGGCGAGAGUGCGCCGAAAGCGGCGGACAAGCCUGGCGAGAAGAAUAGUGGCGCUGAGGGCGUCGAGUAUCCGACGCGGUUCUUUGCGCGGGACUAUGCGGGAAACAGACUGGAGUUUACGUUGUGA